AUGCUUGAACAUCAUACAGCGUCAUUCCAAGCCGAGGAACACAUGUUCGGUGCUCGUUCAGCAAGUCCUUCGGGCCCCGAUGAACACGAAUACCAUGUGUUUGAAAUGUCCACAGACACAGAUACGGACUCUUUGCAAGAUUCAGUGACAAGGAAGCGUCGACAUGCAAUCUAUUUUCCCAAGCCCCCAAUCUGGUGUGUUCGACCAUAUCCGCAAGACAGUCUGUCGAUGGGCUCCAGUGUCACCUCAUCCCUCAUGGAAGAUUGCAGAGAUGGCAGCAGUGAUCGAUAUGAGUCAUCUGAUUCUUUUCAAGACGCAAAUAUGUUUUAUCCUCUAGAUUCGGAUGCUUCAUCAAAGGAGACCUUGCCGGGACUGUCGUCGCAGGCUUCGUUCCGCCAAGUGAAGCCAGGGCUCUGCACCCGUCUGCGAUCAUAUAAAGACAUCAGAGUGGGACCUGGCGAGGGAUGGGCCAUCCAGGAAGGGUCUUUAGUCAUAUCUCUCGACCCCUCGUAUACCGUGCAUGAGCGUCACGAGCGACAGCCAGACGAAUUCGAAAUAUCAAAUGGCGAUGUUUACGUUAUCUGCCGGCUAUAUGCCGAUUUGUGGGCGCUAUGUGUCAGAGCCUCGCUUGCUCCUCUGUCUGAAAGUAAUCCUGACGACGAAUCAGUCAGUCGUCGGCUUGCCUUUAUUCCCCUCUGUGCUGUCACAUUAGCUGCCAAUUAUGGAACUCAUGCCGAUGUUGCCUUGCCACCGAUGGAUUUAGGUGCCUGCAAAAACUUCGCCUCUGCGGAGAGAGAUUAUGUACCGCUCGAUUCUACCCUUGAACAGAUCCUGUGUGAGCUUGGAAGCCGAAGGGAUAGAUUGCGUCGUCUGAGAACGCGGCUCCAACCCCAGAAGAUCUGGAGUAACCUCAAGCCAUGGAGCACCUUUCAUCGACCCAACCGGGCUCAAUGCAUCCGCAAUGAACACUUCAGUCUUCAGAUAGCUACUGAGAGACUGCGUUUUAUGCGCUUCGAUAAAGUGCGGCUCUCGCUAACGAAUAAGAAGCUGAAGGAGCUCUUUUGA